AUGGGUAAUGAGUCAGGCAAAAAACGCAAUACCGCCUCGACACAGUUAACUCCAACGCAGGUCGCUUUUCUCAAAACAAAUACCAAAUAUUCCGAGAGUGAAAUAAGAGAAUGGCAUAUGGGCUUUAUGCGUGACUGUCCUACUGGCAAACUUGAUAAGAAAAAAUUUACCGAAAUUUACCAGAUGUUCUAUCCAACUGGUAAAGCACAAAAAUUUUGCAAAUUUGCUUUUGAUACAUUUGAUACAAACGGUGAUGGCUCAAUUGAUUUCGAAGAAUUUCUCUUAGCUAUUUCAGCUACAAGUCAAGGUGAUAUUGAUGAACGUCUUGGUCUUGCUUUUAAUAUGUUUGAUAUUUCUGGAGAUGGACAAAUUGAUUCAAAAGAGCUAACAAAAUUGAUUUCUGCUAUGUAUGAUCUUAUUGGUGAAACUAAUCGUAAAGGUGAUCGUGAUCCAAAAUAUCUUGCUGCAGAUAUUAUGAAAAAAUUGGAUGUCAAUGGCGACAGGAGAUUGAGCAAAGAAGAAUUUAUUACAGGAUGUAAAAAGGAUCCACACAUUCGUAGAAUACUUGCUCCGAGCAUGUAA